CUUAUUUCUUUUGAAGAUUCUUGAGCUUAAAUUUUCAAUCUUUAAGCUACAAAGAUAGCAAGAGGGAGGAAGUAGGUAGAACCAGAGCUUCUGAAUUUAGAUAAAGUAAUAAUUUUUUGUUAUCGGAAUUUGUUUUUUACUUUGUUUUUGGUCCUUCGUGAGAAAGGAAAGAAAACAAAAGGAAAAAAAAAUGAGCACUGCUCAUCAAGAAGUCAUCAAGCAAUUUCUGUCUUUGAUGGACAAUGUUGAUGAGAAAAUGAAGAGCACAUUUCAGAAUAUGCAUCAUGGGUAUCCAUCGGAAAGUUUAGUGCGGUUCCUCAGAGCGAGAGAUUGGAAUGUUCAAAAAGCCCAUAAAAUGUUAAUUGAUUGCUUGCAAUGGCGAAUACAAAAUGAGAUUGACAACAUAUUAUCGAAACCAAUUGUCCCCACUGACUUAUACAGAGCGGUACGAGAUUCUCAACUUGUUGGAUUGUCGGGUUACUCAAAAGAGGGUCUUCCUGUGGUUGCCAUCGGUGUUGGGCUCAGCACAUACGAUAAAGCAUCAGUGAAUUACUAUGUACAAUCACACAUUCAAAUGAACGAAUAUAGAGAUCGUGUUGUAUUGCCUAAGGCCUCAGAAAAGUAUGGACGGCAUAUUAGCAAAUGCCUGAAAGUUUUGGAUAUGACUGGCUUGAAGCUUUCGGCACUGAGCCAAAUAAAGCUAUUGACUACUAUAACAACAAUUGAUGACUUGAAUUAUCCUGAGAAGACGGAGACAUAUUAUAUUGUCAAUGCUCCGUACAUAUUUUCGACAUGUUGGAAGGCUGUAAAACCCCUCUUGCAAGAAAGGACGAAGCUGAAAAUUCAGGUGCUUCAAGGUUGUGGAAGGGAUGAGUUACUGAAAAUAAUGGAUUAUUCAUCCCUCCCACAUUUUUGUCGAAAAGAAGGCUCGGGGUCAUCACGUAACAGCAGCAAUGGAACGCUAGAUAAUUGUUUCUCAUUAGAUCAUACCUUCCAUCGACAGCUUUACAAUUACAUAAAGCAACAUUCAACACUUGUAGAGACUGGUUUGCUCAAACAGGGGUCGGUUCAUGUAGAUUUUCCUAAGCCGGGUCUAGAAGAAACUGAAAUUGCAAAGACCGUAGAAUCCGAGCUUCAUAAGCUUGCAGACCAGAACGCUCUAUGCAACUCAUUAGAUGGUGUUAAGGUAAAUGGUGUUUAGAUUUUUCGAUAAUAUACCAGUUAUUUGUUGCCAGUAUGUGAUCACAUGGCAAAAGGCUUGUCGAAAACUACUUUAGAAUGAGGGAUGACCUUGUAUCUCAACUAUCAAAUGUAUUGCCAGAGCUUUCUUGCAUCGGCUCGACGCUGGUUUGAAAAACAACUGAACUGGUGUAACUUGAUAUGGUUGUAUACUAGUACAUUUUUUUCCCUGAAAUUCUGUCAGAAACAUGAUACUCCCUGUCCGAAUAGUAUCUG